CAUCACUAGUUACCGGUGACUCUUUCCACAAGAAUCUCCAGGCACCUUAGAUCACUCUUUUCUUGAGAAAGCUUGACUUGAGAUCUUUCUUCCUCCCAGCUGUUGAUACUUUUGUCCUCCCCACUCCAUUUCCCAGCUCUUUAGCUCCUUGUUCACAUAGGGAAACUGAGGCAGCAUCCAUUGAGGACAUAGGAUUUAAAGUUGGAAAGAAUCUUAGAAAUUGUUUAGCCCAUCUGCCAUUUAUAGAGGGGGAAACUGAGGUGCAUAGAGGGGAAUGUGCUUGCUCAAAACCACAUGAAUAAUAAUGAAAAGAAUUUAGGAUUUUUGGCUCCAAAUCGAUGGGGUCCAAUCUUGGGGAGUUGUUGGGGGGUGAGGGUGGCCUUGAGACUCUGUGGGUAGAGAAUCUGGCUCCUUGGAAUUAGUCAAAUCAACAAGUACUGGAAAAAGUGGGGCUUCCAUAGCGGAAUCCUAGCCUUAAUGCCUGGGCGACUUUAGUAUUGGUACUACUGCAUCUUUUCAGGCCUCGGUAUCCCCCUCUCUGAAAAAUGGAGACAGUCUAGCUUGCUGAGCUGAUGAGAUCAUCUAACCCGAGUCCCGUCACUUUAUAGAUGGGGAAACUGAGGCUUGCACAAGGAAAAUGACUUGCUUAAGGUCAUCCAGGUGGUAAUAACAACACUAGUUUUCCAUCCCGUUACUGUAUCAUUUAUGACUUCUCGGAUGCCUUUUUCAUGAACACCAUGAUGCAGUGGAAAGAACCCUGGAAUUUAAAGUCAAGGCCUGGGUUCUAAUCCCAGCUCUGCCACUUACUCCCCCUAGGGUCUCUUCCAGCGCUAAAUCUGAUUUAUGAAUUUCUGUGGAGUGCACGUUAUUCCCGUUUUACAGAUGAGAAAACCAAGGAUCUGCACCUCGCCUCUCCUUUUUUCCACCGAGUAGGAGGGUGCUAGUAGCUCCUGGGUGCUGCUCUAGUGGGCCCUUCCCCCGCCUCCUCUUCCCAGGAGCCUCCAGGCUUGCCGAGCUUUGGGAGGAGGGCCAGAGGUAGGCUUCCCGUAGGGGCGGGGGAGAGCCCGCAUACGGGAGCGCGCCCCGCCCCUCGCUUCCCCUCCGCGGCCCCGCCCCUCCCGGGCGUGCCCAUUGGUUGCGGGGACGGUGGCGGCCGGAGCGGAGCUGCCGGAGCGCGCGGGGGCCCUGAGCGCGCGCCAGCCCCACGCCAUGUAGCGCGCACCCCCUCCCCCGCCCACUCCCUUCCCCAUCCCCGCCCCCGCCCCCUAGGGACCCUGCGCGCCAUGGGGAACUCCCACCACAAGAGGAAGCCCCCCAGCAGCCGGACCCGCAGCUUCUGGCAUUUUGGGCGCCGCCGGGGAAGGCAGGGAACAGGUUCAAGCAAAGCAGACAACAAGCAGCCGCCAUCGGAUGGACAUCAGGACAACGUCUUCUUUCCUAGCAGCCGCCCCCCUCACUUGGAGGAGUUGCACUUUCAGGCUCAAGAAGGACUUCGAUCGCUGCAGCACCAAGAAAAGCAGAAACAGAACAAAGAUUGCUGGGACCAUGGAGAUAGUCAGAGCAUCAAGUCAUCCCAGAUGGGCUCCAAGGAUGAAGACAGCGUCUCCUUCUGCAGCCAGAGCACCACGUCCACCCUGGAGAGCUCGGCCGCCGAGGACGCCCUGUCCAUCCGGUCGGAGAUGAUCCAGCGCAAAGGCUCCACCUUCCGACCUCACGACUCAUUCCCCUCAAAGCCAGGGAAAUCAGGCCGGCGAAGGCGAGAGAGGCGGAGCACGGUGCUGGGGCUGCCGCAACACGUGCAGAAGGAACUGGGUCUAAGGAACGGGCACGACGCGCCUGGCACACCCAGGCCUCCGGCCCACCUCACCAAUGGGCACGGCGCGGCGGGGGUGGUGCACAUCCCCACGGUGGAUGGGCAGCCGGCGGUGCCUGGGAGCGCUGUCCCUGGGGUCCGAGUGUCUUUGGUCGCCCUGGAAGCGGGGUCUGGGGACGAGGCCGCCUUACAGCGCCACAUCGAUCGCGUCUACCGCGACGACAGCCUCAUCGGCCGAAGGACGGGGGCUCAGCUGUCCCCGCUGGUCCGACCCAAGUCGCUGGCCGUGCCGGGGAUGAGCGGCGGGGCCGGGUCCCCGGAGCCCCUGAGCCCGGCCAUGUCCAUCUCGCCCCAGGCCACCUACCUCUCCAAGAUCAUUCCCAACGCCGUCCUGCCGCCCACCGUGGACGUGGUGGCCUUGAGCCGCCGCAGCGUCCGCACCCUGAGCCGCUGCAGCCUCCUGUCGGCCAGCCCGGCCUCCGUGCGCUCCUUGGGGCGCUUCUCUUCGUCCUCCUCCUCCUGCCGGCCCCGGAGCCGGCACGCCUCCUCCUCCAGCGACAACUGGAGCCACUCACAGUCCACAGAAACGAUCGUGUCCGACGGAUCCACGCUGUCGUCGCAGGGGGGCUCCGAGGACCGAGCCGACGGGCUGCCGGCCCGCGACGAGGGCUGCGCCGCCGGCCGGGAGAGUCCGUGCAGCCCGGCGGGGAGCGGGCUCUCCUCGGCCCCGGGUGGCGGGCGGGCUUCCCCCGGAGCGGGCGGCGGGGCCGAUGGCUCCGACACCAUCAGCAUUCAGAGCGGACGCUCGUCCGUCAGGAGCGUGUCUCUGCGGAAGCUUAAACGGGCACCGGCGCCCCCCCGCCGGACCUACUCCCUUCACCAGCGCGGCUUGGCCGAUGGGGCCCCGGGGCUGCCCCCCAAGCCGGAACGGAAACAGCCGCAGCUGCCCGAGGAGGCGGCCCCCGGAGCCCCGGGCCCGGCUCUGUCUCCCAGCACCUCGCAGCGCCUGGUGGGCUCCCCAGAGCGUACGCUGUCCCCUUCUAGUGGCUAUUCCAGCCAAAGUGGCACCCCUACACUGCCUCCCAAGGGGCUGGUGGGGCCCCCCGCCUCCCCGGGCAAGCCAUCCCCGAGGCCUCUAAAGCCCGAGCGAGUUUGCUCCCUGAGGUCCCCAGGGGCCUCGGUGUCUUCCUCACUCACUUCCCUCUGCUCCUCCAUUUCGUCCUGCGACCCGGCCCUCGCAGACAGGGGCGCCCCUGUGCCCACUCCCGAGGCCCCCUUGCCCCCGACCAACCCGGCCGACAGGUUCGUCAUUCCCCCGCACCCCAAGGUCCCGGCCCCGUUCUCUCCGCCACCCUCAAAGCCCAAGACCUCGACUCCCUCUGCUCCGGCUCCCAGCCCCAUUUCUAAUUCUGCUCCUUCCCCUGGCGGAGGGUCAGGGACCCCAGUGAAGUCUGGUCAGGAAUCCCCGACACCCCCCAAAGGCGGCUCUCCUCCCCCUUCUCCUCCCCCAUCUUACCAUCCGCCUCCGCCACCUGCUAAGAAAGGGGAAGCGGCCGCCCAGGCCCCGGCCCCCCUCAGUUCUGACGGGGAGACCUCCCAGGACCCCAGCUGGCCUCCACCCCCUCCCCCUGCCCCAGAGGAGCAAGAUCUCUCUAUGGCCGAUUUCCCUCCGCCAGAGGAGGCCUUCUUCUCACCCGCCAGGCCAGAGUCCCCAGCUCCUGCGCCCCCUCCCCCUGCCCCCACCGAGGCCCCCCCUCCUGCGGAGCCGCAGAGCUUGCCUGGGCCCCCUCCCCUGGCCCCACCCUUGCCAGCCGGGGCCCUCCAGACUGGGAAGCCACCGGAGCCCCCCAAGGAGCCCUUGGGGCGUAGUAAGAGCACUCCUGCCCCCAAGGAGGACGCCAGCCUCCCUAUCGUCACCCCCUCGCUGCUGCAGAUGGUGCGGCUGCGCUCCGUGGCUCCCCCAGCCCUGCCAGCCCCCCAGGCCCCGGCUCCUGCCCCUGCCCCGCAGAAACCCCUGAGGAAGGCUUUAUCUGUGCGGGGUGGCCAGGCCCCCGGUCCCUCCGCCGGGCCCUCCACCGGGCUUCAUGCUGCCAUGCGCCUCAAGGUCUCGAGCCUGGCAUCCUCCGAAGGCCCCCCGAGCCCUCGAUCCAAUGGCCCCACCCAGCCGGAGGCCGGGUCCCCCCGGCCACAGUCCCCCGCCUCCACCGCCAGCUUCAUCUUCUCCAAGGGUGCCAAGAAGCUGCAGCUGGAGCGGCCCGUCUCCCCCGAGGCCCAGGUGGACCUGCAGCGGAACCUGGUGGCAGAACUUCGGAAUUUGUCUGAGCAGCGGGGGCCCCAGCCCCAGAGGAAACCCAGCAAGUCUGCCCCUCCGGUGGCCCGGAAGCCAUCCGCCGGGGUCCCUCCGUCUGGCUCUCCCGGCAUCACGCAGGCCGAGAGCCCCUCGGGCUCCCCUGCCAAUGGGCAUCCCCCGCUGGAGGACAGGACUAAGGGAGAGCGAGCGGAGAACGGAGGCUCCGUGCAGCUGGCCGGCCUGGAGCCGCAGCCGCUGAGCCCCGCUGCCUCAGAGAAACAGAAAGAGCUGGUCUGACCUGAGGGAACAACGUGGCUCUGGUACUGCUGACCCAUCCUAAGAACACAAUCUCUCAGGGACCUGAGCAGGUCGAAGCAUGAGAACAAGGGGAGAACUGGACAGAUGCUUAACUUAAUACGAAGGAAGAAUUCAGCCUUAGCCUCCACGGCCUUUGACAUUUAUGCAAACCUGGUGAGGACGCCUUUCCCCACCAAGUUAGGCAGUUUUCUUUUGCCUUUUUACUGAAGAAAAAAAAAUAAUAAUGGACACUCCCAGAGUCACCACUUCUCCAUCUCCGACCCUGUCUUGGCUUAGCGGAGGAGGGACAAAGGAUGGGAAGAGGGAGUGAUCUUCGCUGGCCCCAGAGCCGUCCCUCUAAAGAGGCGAGGGCCUGGCCCAGAGCUCCCUGGGAUUUUUGUUUUUCUUCUUUUCAGUUGAAAAAAGAUUUUCUUUUCUCUCUCUCCUCUCCCUCUCUUCCCCCUCCAAUUUCUGGGAGAAUUAGUCCUAUAAAUCAAGCACACAAUAGUAGUUUUGAAUCAAAAGCACUUUUCAGAGACGGCUGCCCGUCCAUCCAUCUUACAGGGCAGGUGGCCGGCCUUCUAUCCUGCUGGUCACCCUCAGCAGUGGGCCUGCCCCUCCUGGAGCACAAGGCUCCUGUUUACAUGGCAGCAGUUCUCACUCUGUCUGGGUCUCUGGCUAGCCUUCUCAGACUGGCAUGGGGGUCUGGGGUGCCCUAUUCCUUUGGGGGACAGGUGGUAGAGAUAGUAGUCCCUGGCCUUUGGACAAAGCACAAAAGGGAGGAGAGGGAUGAGCCUCCCUCUUGUUUCCCAACUUGGCUGCUCCCUUCAGGUGCUUCCAUCAGUAGUGGGGGAGGGGGGGUUGGUGCCAAUGUGACCCUAGUAGGCCAGGAGGAAGGGCUUGUCCCCCUCCCUUCUCAGGGCAUCAGAAGCUGACCGACGAGAAUGAAGAGAAAGGAUGUUGUGCUCCAUAGAUCUGGCUCUUCCCAGAUGCUGCUCUCCUCACUUCCUUGAGGCUAAGAUUCCCCACCACUCUUGGGGUUUCCCCCUUCCUCUCCUUUUCUAGGGAAGAGGGAAGGAGAUUUCAGCCCAGACACAGGUACUGGCUUUUUGGCUUCACCCACUUGCUCUCGAGGCUGUAGGCUGAACGGGGUGGAGAGGAGGGAUGCCUUUGGCAGUACGGUAUGACUCAUCUGUACGUAUUCUUUUCCUCCACCCCCUGCUCCAUUGUGUGGGGUUUUGCCCUCAGGAUCACCUCUUUGCACUGGAUGCUCAUUUGGGGGAUGGCAAAGGUGGGUCUGAUUGCAGUCAGUCUCCCAUGCCAAAGACAUCCUUGGACUAUUCUAAGAAUACAAAUACCUCCCUGGGCUGUCCUUUGGUCCCACUCUGUCACUUUGGCCAUCAGAGCAGUGGGAGAGCAUGGGAACAAUCUACGAUUUCAGAGUUAGGGGUGCCUUUCAACAACUUCAGAUUUCCCUUGAAUAGUCUGACCUAGAUCUCAUUGACCACAGGUUCCAUCGAAAUCCUCUUGAACCUGUUUUCAGGCUGGCAACUCUUUUCAGUGUAACCUGCGCUUUCAACAGAUUUGAAACCAUUUCAGAAGUGGUUUGGUUGGGGGGGUACUGAGGUAGAAGUGAAUGCACAUGGGACAGAGCAGAAGGGCUUUCCUAUACUGGAGGGAUGGUCCCUGUGAUUCUUUGCUUCACUGAGGCCUGGGUACCACCACCCAAACUAGGUAGCCAUUGGCCAACUCUUCCUUUAUUUUUUCCUUUGCCUGGCCCAGGGCUGUCAUCAUUUGGUCCUGGUGGUGUUUGCUGAGCUUGGCUAGGCUGGGGCCUCUUAAGGGGACUACUGAGGGAGGAGUCUGACUCCAUAUCAAUGUCCUUCUCAUCCUGUGGGUCAUCUGACCCCAACCUCUCUACUGGCUGUCACAGACAAAGAGUAAAGAGAGGAGUCUGUAACCACUGUACUGUGCCAAGCUCUGCUCACAUCCUCCACGUGAGCUUGAGGGGCAGUGGCUGACCUGCCUGCAGAACCGCUGGGGCUUGGGUGGGAGGGAGGGCUUUCUCCUGUUCAUUGUAAACUCAUGCCACCUGACCCUCCUUGCUCAGCUCUGUUACUGGAGUCCUGACCCUUCUGUAAGGGUCAGGCCUCUGAGAAUGCCCAGCUUUACCCACCCUUUCCUGUUGGGCAGAGCAUGGCAGUGGGGACCAAGAAGGGGGGAUGGAAAGGGAAGGGUGCAAGUCCCUGCCUUAUCCCCUUGGGGAACCAAGCUGGACCUAGCACUAACCAAGAGACCAAAAGCCUCUGAUUUUUAUUCUGUAGAAAUGUUAGAAAUAUAUAUAUAUUUCUUUAAACAUUGACCUCACUUUGAUUGUUAAAAAAGCCAAAAACAAAAAAAACAAAAACAACCCACCCCAAUACCCCUGAAGACCUCAAUUCCUUUACCUUGAAAAAGUCUGAGUGAGAUACAAUGAAAAAAACUCUGUAUGUUUUGGUUAAAAUAUGUUAAUUAUAUGAUUAAAGCUGAA